UCAACUUUUUAUUCUAAUUUACGGAAAAUUUUCUAUAAAUAGUCUUAGAAGUGCCGUGCUCACGCGCAGACUGCUCGAAAACAUGACGCUAACAACACUUACUUUGUGCUCGCUACUCCUACCCACACUCAUCUACGCCGCCAUAUCGUCCACGGAACGUGAACCACGCGGUCUACUCAUCCAUCGCAAUCGCAAUAAUUAUCCCGCUUAUCCGACACCGCAAUGUAUUUGUGUGCCGGGCGCACGCGGUAGUCCUGGUGAACCGGGCACGGCUGGUGUGAAGGGACCACGCGGCGAAACCGGUUUAAAAGGACCAAAAGGCCCACAAGGUGCCAUCGGUCCGCCGGGUCAACAGGGUGCUAACGGACGUGAUGGGCCAACUGGUGCGCCCGGUUUGCCUGGUCCCAGCGGCAGACGUGGCUUCCCCGGUUCGCGUGGUCCGCCGGGGCCAAUGGGUCCACCUGGCUUGCCAGGACCGCAGGGUGCGCAAGGUGCACCAGGUGUUGCUGCGCCAGCGCCUAUAAGUCCAACAGUCAUACAACCGUCUCCGUCGUCUUCGCGACGUUAA